GAGAGCGAAAGGCUUUUGGCAGGAGCCACGGGAAUAAAAGGCUGUGAGAUCUCAGCGAGUGGUGUGGAACGUCAGGAACAGACACGGUAAUCUGGAAGAGUCAGUGCUGGGUUGGUCACUAUGGGUGGUGUAACGGGACCAGUUUUCCUGUGGCUGCAGGUUGUGUUAGGGGUAACACUCCUCAGAGCCCGUCGGACUUUACUGCAGGCUGCCAUCGUCUUCUGCGUUCUAGCGCUGCUGGUCUGGGUGGCCAUCUUCCUCUAUGGCAGCUUCUACUACUCUUAUAUGCCCACCGUCAGCUUCUCUACACCAGUGCACUACCACUACAGUUCCGACUGUGAUGCCUCCAAUUCAGACCUCUGCUCUUUCCCUGUGGCUAACAUCUCGCUGCUGAAGAAUGGCAAAGAACCGGUUAUGAACUAUGGUCAGCCAUAUCGAAUCUCUUUAGAGCUGGAAAUACCUGAGUCCCCUGUCAACGAACAGCUUGGCAUGUUCAUGAUUAAGAUGUCUUGUUACACCAACGACGGCCAGACCGUUGCAGCUGUGGUGCGCUCUGCUAUGCUGCACUACCGCUCUGGUCUUCUGCAGACCUUGAAUACUUUACUGUUCUCUCCUCUCCUGCUGACUGGGAUGACAGAGCAGAAGCAGCUUGUUGAGGUUGAGCUCUUCUCAGACUACAAGACCAAUUCUUAUCAACCCACUGUUGGCGCUGUCAUUGAGAUUCAGUCUCGGCAUUUGCAGGUCUAUUCAGCUCAGCUCGGGAUCCAUGCUUUCUUCACUGGCAUCAGAUACCUCUUGUACAAUUUCCCGGUGACAUCUGCAGUGAUCGGCGUGGCCAGCAACUUUGCCUUCCUCAGUGUCAUUGUGCUCUUUGGAUACCUACAGUUUAUAUGGGGGGGACUUUGGCCUCCCGAGCAGGUCAGAGUCAGGGUUAUGAUGGGAAACACGACUCGCCUGCAGCGAAGAAGAGAAGAGGCUCUGAAGCACAUCUCCUUCUCACAGAAGUCAUUGUCAGAUGAGCCCCCAGUGCUCCUGGAGGCUCUUCACAUUUACGAGACUGAUGUGAGUGAGGAGAAGCCUGCUGAUCUGCAGGAUAGAGGUGCAGUGGCAGUCCCCUUGGAGGGACCCCAAGUGCCUCAGCCAGGGGACUCUAUGCUGCAUCAGAGACGGGGACCCUGGAUGAGUCUCUGAACCAUGGAUCAUCGCUCACAUUUACACACUCACAGGUCCCUCAAUGUGCAUUUCCCUUUCACUGACAGGCAAAGAGAGAGAGAGGUUGACAAAGAUGAUGACUGACAAACACACACUCCCUCCACACAGACGCAUGUGCAAAUAUUCCCUAGGCCUAUCAUUUUACUUAGCAAACGUGUGUUUUAAUUACCUGUCUUGAUAACAAGUUUACCUCACAUAAGUUAUUAUAAACCUUUACCUCAGCUUUUUCCCACUUUUCAUUGUAGUGUUUAACCGCAGAGAAGUGUUCCUAAUACUCAUUCUUCUUUAGGGACAGGAAUGUGGCACGAUAGCUACUGUAUGUACUUGGAUAAUUUUUUUAAUCAACUAGUAUCCAUAUUAGAAGCCUGCUUUAGUGAGGCAAAGCAUUUUUGGAUUUAGCUCAAUCCUGACUCUUGCAUGUCCUUCAGAGCAACAAAAAUAAUCACUCCAGUUUUGAAACACUUACUUAAUUCCCUUGCCUGAAUCAUUGUAGCAUUGACAGAGUUGUUCAGCCUUUGUUAUAUUUAAGGUUUAUUUUGAAUUUUACACGUUUGAAGCUAAAAUCUGAAUUGCUGCAUAAGUAAAUAAAUUAAAAUAAAAUAUGAGAUGGAGUAUACAAUGAGUACACUCCUGAGUGGCGCAGUGGUCUAAGGCACUGCAUCACAGUGCUAA